AUGCGGUGUGCGAGGGCCAUAGCUAUGACGAUGUUGUGGAACCUUUCAAGGUUCAGGUUGCCCGAGGCCAAGGGCUCACAAGUGAAGCGAUCGGUUCAAAACGUAGCAGAUCUUGAACAGAAGCCAUCCCCAGUCAAGCCUGGCCCCAGCUUCAAAACAAUCGUACACUACGGAUACAUACUCCGUACGGAUAAAGCGAAUAGCAACACAGAAAGUGGACGAGCGGCAGUCAAACCAGGGCCAGCACAAGGUCGCAACUCGCAAGCCCGUUCAUCCACCUUGCAGGCCCUCUUAGCGCAAUCAACCCCAGCGCCGACCUCGGUGGUCCCCAGUCCCCCGUCGAUGCAUUUGUUGACAGGCAAGGAAGCACCACGCAGCUGCCCUGCCUUUGCCCUGCCUUUGCCCUGCCUUUGCCCUGCCUUGUUCUGCUCUCCGCAUCAACGUUCCCUUUUAUCCGUACACUACGGAAGGUCGGGUUUGACAAGAGCUCGCUGCACACAGUCUCGAGGCCGAUGCGACGCGACGCUCGUCAAAUCUCCCAAGCUGCACCUCUUUCAUCAACAAUAG